GGACCUCCUCCACCAUGGGACCGCUGCAGGCGCUGCUGGCGGCGUUUGCUGUGUGGCGAGUCACGUCUGCGCUGCCGGGUUUCGUCAGGCCCGUCGCCAUCGACUACUACGCUCCCGCGCGGUACGCCUUCAAGUACGGCGUGACGGACCCCAACACGGGCGACAUCAAGCAGCAGUCGGAGUCGCGCCACGGGGACGUGGUGAAGGGCCAGUACUCGCUGGUCGAGCCGGACGGCUCGGUGCGCACGGUCGACUACACGGCGGACCCUGUGAACGGCUUCAACGCGGUCGUCAGCAAGAGCGGGCCCGCCGUGCACCCGCCGCCCGCGCCCAAGCCCGUGGUCGUGGCCAAGCCCGUGGUCGUGGCCGCCCCACCGGUCGUGCACCAGCCCGCUGCGCACGUCGUCGCCGUGCCGCAGGUCAUCACGGCAGAAGUGGUGAAACCGCAUUACGUGACGCAGCACGAGUAUGACCUGUACGACGGAGCAGCGGGCUACGUGGUGGACAACGCGGCGCACUACCCCCACUACAGCUACUACUGAGGCGGCCAGGGGUGGCGGUCGCCAGGGGCUGUCGGGGGCUGCACGCGAGUGGGCCUCCCCGCUCAAGCUACGCCACCGCGGCACAUGCGUUACCUCAUACAAGAGUCUAGACGGUGCUCGCUGUCCUAGGCCAGUAAACAAUCGCGUUCUUACUGUGUAUCUCUCACAUGUAAAUACAUAUUUACAUAGAUAUUGUAACCAAUAUAUUAAACAGCAAGAGCAAAGCUAUAACAGCUGUGAGGUUACAGUACGUCUAGCACAUUCUGCGUCGGGACAAUAGAUAAACUUGUCACGUCACACGUGUUUCUGUCAAAACUACAAAAAUUCAGUGCUCUAACGCCAGUCAAAAUUUAUGAAAAAUGAAGUCCGUAACAUAGUUUACAGUGUACAACAUUUAUUUAAUUUCAUAAGUGUGUAAAAACGUAUGACUAUAAAUAAAAGUAUCUCCUAAAUGUUUAUAGAUAGUAGUUUCCAGAACUACUGUGUAAGAAAAAUUUAUCCUUAAAUUCUUCGCAAUUAUGUCAUUGUAACAGCAAUGUGUAUACAGAUCUUCUAAAUACUGCUGUAAAGAAAUAUUUUUAUUUUAUUACAAAUUUGUUGAUAAUUUCUGCCAGUAGUAUACUAUUUGUGCAAAUAUGAAUACUACGAUAAGCGUUAUUUUUCUCUAUUAGACUUUGUCUGUGUGUCCUUCAGUAUCGCUAGUCCGCACAUCGUUCGAUUCUCGGUGGCGGUAAGAACUUUUAAUCUUUAUUGAAAAGCUGGCAUGGCUUCCAUUCAGCUUUAUAACGACAAUUCAGCAAAUACUGGACGCAGAGCAAGGGAUUCUGUUUUGAAACCAGAAAUCGGAGAUCACAAGAGAUUUCCGUCGACCACCAUCCACCCAGAAACCGAUGUUCAAUGACAACU